UUGCUGCUGGUCAGUUCCUGUGCCCCGGGGGAGCGGAGCAGUCGCUGCUGUUGGAGCGGGGAGGGCCGGGCAGCGCCGCACCAGCUGGAGGCUCUGUCGGGCAGCAGCAGUCGCGAUAAAAGAUGCUUAGGUUUGAGAGUACGGCAAAGCAGCUAGCAAAAUAUUCUUCUAGGCCAUUAUGGAGACGACUAUGUGCAGCCACUACAAAUAUACCAGUGUUAACUUUGUUCACCAAGAACCCGUGCCCUCUGUGUGAUGAAGCAAAAGAAGUGCUUGAGCCAUAUAAAAACAGGUUUAUUUUGCAGGAAGUGGAUAUCACCCUUCCAGAGAACGCAGUGUGGUAUGAAAGAUAUAAGUAUGACAUACCUGUCUUCCAUUUAAAUGGGCAGUUCCUAAUGAAGCAUCAGGUAGAUGUUAAAAAAUUUGAGAACCAGCUUGUGAAGCUAGAGUUUCAAAAUGGUGAAAACCAAUGAAGGAAAUGCAGCUAUUCUGAGACUGGAUUGAAAGGAUUUUGAACAAAUGGUUUGAAACUGUUGCAUACAUUAUCAAACCACAUUUUCUUUGGAAUGUAAUGUACAUAUUUAACAUUCAAAUUUUAGUUAUUUGAUUUAUAUUCCAUUUUGUAGUAAUGAUGAAGCUCAUCUGACUGAAUAGCAACUCUUCAUCUGCUAUCCUAGAUGGUUUUGUUUUUCAAUGAGAGAAUAAGUGCUAUUCCACAGCAGCAGAUAAAAUGAAAUGCACUUUCAGAUCAUUAAUACACCCUGCACUGACAAUAAAGGAAUGUUUAAGUUA